UCUGCAUUGUCGUGACCUGCAGUGGGCUAUAUUUGAGGGUUUUAUUAGUCGGGAAUCUGUGAUCAUUUUAUAAAAUUCAAGAUACAUUAAUCUCGCGCGUUUAGCUCAUUUGUAUAAAAGGCUCUAAAAUAUUGCACAGCGCGAAUUCUUCACUAGAAGAGGAAACCAGACAGCGGCAAGAAGAAAAGAGGUGACAUCGCUGGUGUUCUAUGUGGGAAGAAGACAUGACUGCAGCCGACAAUAAGGCCAAAACCAGCAUGUCCAGUGCAAAAAGGAGAUGAUUGAAUAAAAUUUGCCUAUUAUUAAAAUAACAAAUAUGGGAUGGGAUCGUCGGGUUCAACACCUGAAGUAAGAGCAGAACCAUCAACAACAGACCUAGCAGAAUUACUACAAGCAAUAGAAAGACUUUCAGUUUUUCACCUAGGAUUUCAGCAUCAAUGGAGGAACAUUGAUUGGGGGCAGAAAGCAGCACUAAAACAACGUUUAGAAAGCUUCUCUUUGAGUCGUACUCAUGUACAAUUUAUUAAGAUCCUGUUAGUCGGAGAAGUUGGUGUAGGAAAAUCCAGCUUUAUUAACUCUGUCAGUAGCGCCUUGCAAGGACGGAUCACCUCAGGCGCGCUAGCUGAUUCAUCUGCUGCCCAUAGCAGUACAAGUUUCACACAAAGACUGAGGACACACAGAGUCCGAACUGCGAAUGGUCUUUUGCCUUUUGCACUCUGUGAUACAAUGGGUUUGGAAUCAUUGGCCGGGUCACUACCAGAAGAUAUAAUCAAUGCCAUAUUUGGCCAUGUAAAGGAGGGCUAUAGAUUUGACCACAAAAAUGCAGUCGCUCAGGACAGUGAACAUUAUGCAAGGAACCCCGAUCUCUGUGACAAGGCUUUCUGUGUGGUUUACAUUAUUGCUGCAGACAAAGUCAAUGUCAUUGAUGAGCGACUUGUUGAGAAGUUUAGGAAAAUCCGCAAGAUAAUAAGUGAAAAGGGAAUUCCUCAAGUCAUUGUCAUGACAAGAGUAGAUGAAGCAUGUCCACUGGUAAAGAAUGAUCUGAAGAUGAUCUACAAUAGCAGAAGGAUCAGACGGAAGAUGGAGAUGUGUAGUGACAUGCUGGGUGUGGCAAUGAGUUUUAUAUUCCCAGUGAAGAACUACCAUGAAGAAAUUGACACAGAUGAUGAUAUGGAUGUUCUAAUACUUAAAGCUUUUGAGCAGAUUGUACAUCUUGCCGAUGACAGACUAAUGAAUGAGACUGACGACCGAUGCUGACUGGGUGUCAGAGAUCAGCAGGUCUCAACUACAAAAUCCUUUCAGUACACUGAAACAUUUCUUCUCCCAAAUAUCCCACAAUGCCUUGCAAAAACCAUGGAACGUCGAAGGUCCUUUACUGAAAAUCAUGUCACAUUUUCUGAAGCCUCAGCUUUAAAUCACACAAGACAAUUCAGUCAUGCAUGCCAACACAAUAAGCAUCAUGAAAUGCCAUGUAAGUUUUGAAUAGACCUGCCUGUUUUUGAUAUACAGGCUGUAUUGUUUUAUUUACUCAAGGUCUAUUAGCAAAAACACACAUUACACAAACAGUACAAUACGCAUUUAAAAAAGACAAGUUAUGUCGCUGGAAAACAAAUCCUCAGAAAACCAAUGUGUUGUGAGCCAGUGCUUGAAUCAAUACUGAUUCACAAUAUGGAAUUACUGGUGAGAAGCUGGGCAGACUUCAAAGGUUCAAGAUUUUAUUUGUCACACACAGUUAUAUAGAGAAUAUACAAUUAGCAGUGAAAUGUAGGUCAGGUCAGCUCCAAUGACAUUAGAUACAGUGAGGGAAAUAAGUAUUUGAUCCCCUGCUGAUUUUGUAAGUUUGCCUGCUUACAAAGAAAUGAAGGGUCUAUAAUUUUUAUGGUGGGUUUAUUUUAACUGAUAGAGACAGAAUAUUUUUAAAAAAUCAGGGAAAAAAUGUUAUAUUAAGGUUAUAAAUUGAUUUGCAUUUCAGUCAGUGAAAUAAGUAUUUGAUCCUCGAGCAAAACAUAACUUUGUACUUUGUGGAGAAACCCUUGUUGGCGAGCACAGAGGUCAGACAUUUCUGAUAGUUAGUCACCAGGUUUGCACGUGUCCGGAUACAUUUAGUCCACUCCUCUGUCAAUCUUUAAGGUUUCUUGGCUGUCGCUCAGCAAAUUGGAGUUUUAGCCUCCUUCACAGAGGUUCUAUAGGACUAGGGUCUAGAGACUGGCUAGGACAUUUAAUGUGCUUCUCCUUAAGCCACUAUUUGGUUGUCUAAGAAAUGAUGUCAACCUUGCAGUUUCUCAUGAACGUCUUUCACAGCUAUCUAGCAAAAUUAUGUUUUAAUAGGUUCUGGUUUAAAGGGAUCCCUGACUAGGAGGACUUUUAUGCCUUAUUACGAAUUGCCGCUUCCACAAAAAAUUGUUGUUAGGCCAUGCAACUUUAUAUAGCACUUGGGGUAAUGAUAUACAAAUGCUACAUUCUGUUCUUUUUGGUGUGGGAGCAGGGUUUAUGGCAUGGCACCAGCAACGCUAAAGAACACUAACAAUUUAACUUAUUAACAUUAUACAUUGGCUUCACCUUUUUUUUGCAAGACACUCUUUCUAGUCGUUAAGUGUACUAAAUCCUAUUUCAUCAAAUGUCAAGGAAGAAAGAUUAGUUGUGACAUGGACACAGGAGAGUAUUCUGAAAGGCUGCCACAUAAACCAGGUAACAAAAUAUUUUCAAUUAAUUCACAAUAAUGCAAACAUAUUGGGCCUCAUUUAUAAAAUGUGCGUAUCGUAGAGCGUGUACACAAAUCCAUGCCAAUGUUCAUAUUUACAAAACAUCAGUCAUCAUUUGACCUGGAAUACAGUGCAAAAAAAAAGAUUAUUUGUGUAGGACAUAUACUGAUUCAGGUAGUGUUUCUAUUCAGCAAUAUUAAAGCAAAUGUUAGUAAUAUAGCAAAAGCAAUCAAUGAAAAUGAAGUCAAUGAAAACCAAGAAGAAAUUAAGCUAUGUAUCUGUAUAUAAUGAAAUGAACAUGAUGAAAUGCUUAUAUAUAUAUUAGUGCUGUCAAUCGAUUAAAAAAAUUAAUCGGAUUAAUCACACAUUUUCUGUGAUUAAUCACGAUUAAUCUUACAUCAUAAUAAUAUUUUAAAAUAUACUUUUACAAUUUUAAUAAUUUCACAUUUAAUCUUCAAAUUGAUGUAGAAACA